CAAAAGUAAUCUUAUAUGCCUUUUAGCGUACGAAAUCUAUACAUCAAUAUCUUACACAGCGGUCGCUAUGUGUCCAUGUAUUUAAAUAAGGAUGAGAGCUGGCCGACAGAUUUCUAUGUUUAGCUGUUUCAGGCACCAUUCCAAAACCACGGACGAACUGACAGCAUUUUAGCGUUUGCUGCCCCUACGGGUACUAGCGAUUUGGUGCAGGACUUCAGCGAGUGACCUAGCACGCGCACCGCUACUAUCAGCGACACCUUUACAAUACUUCCAUCCCAGUAACGUGACCCUUCAAUACAGCAAAUAUGGAAGACAUGGAGGUUGACGGCAUGGAAGUUGACCAAGGACGCCGUGCGCGUGCUGUUGAGAAGCUUAAUGGCCGGCUCCGCCAAGCUCAGCAGGAACAGCAGCGGCCAGGGUUGAGCAACGCGCAAGCCAGAGACAUCCUCAAGAACCUUGGCGAACUGUUCACAGGCGGGAAGAUCACCGUGGACAAUGCUUUCGACCUUCAGGCCAUCGAGGCGCUAAGUACGUUGGUCUUCACUGACAGAGACGCAGCUGCGCGGUGUGGUGAGGGGCACUUUCAGGUAGCGGGUUUCGGUCUGGACAUCAGCCUGAGGAUCUACGGCAAGCGCGUUGACGCGGUGUACAACCAUGCCUACAAGACCCUCGAACGCAAACAACCAGCAAGCAAGGACAACAAGGACGAUGACGCCGAUGACGCGAAGGACCAAGAGGGGAAGGAAGGCGGCGAGGACCAGGCUGACGACGAGGGGGAGGGCAAUGCUGGCAAGAAGGCCGGGGCCAAAGCCAAGAAGCGGCAAGGACCCUCCAACUCCGAGGCGACGCUAGCUAAGGACAGCGACCUCAGAACACGCAUGAAGGAAACAACCUUUGACGUCGACCCCUUCUUUGUCCGCACUUCUCGCUUGAUUGACGAGAACAGCCCGCAAGGUCUGCUGCUCCAUAACCUGCCCGUGCUGUACGGCUCAGAUGUCGUCUUCGACGCAAACGUCAGGCCCCAGGAGCUCUUGAGAAAGGCGCAGGAUGACGCCAACGUGGCUGGAGCGGAAGUAGAUGCAGUGGUUGACUUGUCCGUACUGCCGUACGCGCGGGAGGUGCUAGCGGCAGCGGCGCGGGCACCCCUGAGUCCCGGGAUCGAGGAGCUCUACGGGUUACUGGAGGACCGGUCGGGUCUGCCUGGGCUCCAGGUGGCCGCAAGCGUGGAUCCCCAGGAGCUGCUGCGGAAGGCCCUAGCCGAGAACAAGCGCGAGCGCAUGCAGGCGAACCGCAACGCGGAGGUACGGCAGGUCGUGCAGCAGGUGGAGGAUGCCAUGGAUGUGGACAUGGCGGAUGCGGCGGACGCUGGCGUUGCUGCUGGUGGUGAUGACGGCGACAAUGCUGAUGUUGGCGACAUGGGCGGUGAUGCGGCGGAAGCCCCUGGGGGUGGCGCCGGGGCAGCCUAUGCCGGCGAUGGCGGCGGCGAUGACGGGUACUAUGCCGCUCAGGACUUCGGGGACGACGACGGGCCUGCGAGUUUACCGUCGGCUGCUGAAGGCGCUGGUGUUGGAGGUGCUGGGCCCAGAUUCGGAGUUGGCCGAGCAGCUUCUGACGAUGAAGCACCCUACGGCUUCGGAGAUGACGAAGGAAACCUUGACGACGAGCUCGUGAGGGCCGCUGAGGGGCAGGCCUCGGAUGAUGCGUCCACGCUGCUCAGCCUGCUGGAGGGAACGGCUGCAAGCAGCGCGGUAGGCGGCAGCUCUGGGGCGCUGCAACGCAACUGGUGGAGGAGCGCGACGCGUAGACCAACCGCCUCCACGGGCGCUGCGGCGAGGCCGCGGACACGCAGGCCCAAACCCGAGGAAGUACCAAUCGACUGGCACGCCACGCCGGUACCACAGCUUGAAGACGUGCGCCUCCACACCUACAAGACGGCACGACGCGACGCCUCCAACAAACUCUGCCUGCCGCAAGAGGAGCCCCUACGACUGGAGGACCUCAGCUGCUACUUCUCCUCGGCUCCCAUUUCCGGCACGCUGAGUCUGCCGCUGGGCGGCAUGGGCUUCAUGAGCACACACGGGCUCGGAGGGGGCGCGGGCUGCGGCCGGCCCGUGCAGGAGACGUGGCGGGCAACGCUUAUUGCAGACAAUGCACGCGAGCGUCAGCGCCGGCGUGAGGCGCGGGCUGCGGAGCAGCAGCGGCGGCGCAGCGGAGCCGGUCCGAUGCUGCAGCGGCAGCUUGGCGGUGGUGACGUGGAAGACGCUGACGGAGGCGACAUGGGUGGCAUGGAUGGGGCGGCGUUCAACGGCGGUGGUGGAGAAGACGAGUACCGAGGCGACUAUGGCGGUGGCUACGAUGACGGAGGUGCGGCUGACGUGGGCGGCGACUUCAGUGAUGACGAGUCAGAGGAGGACAGCGGCCUGGGCAUGGCCGGGGGACUGGGCGGCAAGGCGGCAGGUCCGACGCUGGAGGAGCUGCUGCAGCCGCCACGGCGCGUACAACGAGUCACAAUCAAGUUCGACAAGACGGCGGGCGUGGCGGAUGUGGCGACCCUCAAAACCAACAUAGAGGCGUCCCUCAAGCAACUGGCCGUCUCCACCGUCACCAACCGACGCCAGUCCGCGCCCAUUGCACAGCCGCCGACGCUGUCCUUCCAGACAGUGCUCGACAAGGUGGCGGAACACGCCGUGGUGGCAUCCCAG